AAUAAACCUGCAGCUCUGUGGAGGAGUGCGAUGGCGAGGCGCAGAGGAAAGAACAGCAGUAAACAGGACGAUAGCUGGUUACCUUUAGAGCCACCGGCGGGACAGUCGUCCCGAGGAUUUAACGAGUAUGUCAUCCCGGGUGUUUUAUUGCUCAUCGUCGUUGUCGGCGGGUCAGGGCUCGGCUGGGUCUGUAGUGAGCACCAGCACACGAUCGAGAGUCUGUCGGAAACGCUGGCAUCCAUGCAGGCGAGAAUAACAAAGCUGCAGCAGCAGUUAGGGACUGAUAACGCACAGUUUGCCAGUGUGGGUGGUUUUGAAAAGCGCCUGGUGGCUCUGGAGGAUGCCUCUGCCAAAGCACAGAGACAAGCUGAGCUCGCCCUUGCCGCAUCUGAGCAAAUCAAGUUCCAAGACCUUCAAAGCAAAGUGUGGAACCUGCAAACCGAGAUGAAUGACAAACUGGCAGAGAUUCAGCAGAACACCAUUUCCAUUGCUGCUCUGAAUGCCAUCAUUAAGAACAAGAGUAUUGAGUUUGAGGUUAUGAAGCAGAGUGUCAACACCAUGUUGAGUGCUAACACGGAACUAGCCAUCCAGAUUUCUGGGUUUUCUAGCAUGUUUUCCGUCACCAAGUUACGUUUGGAUGAGCAGAUCUCUGUUGUGGAUGAUCUGAUGUUUCAGUUAGAGGGUCAAAAGAGAGAAAUCAAUGAAAUAAAAGAGUUAUUUACCAGCAACCAGGAAUCGCUUGCUAUAAAUACACAAGAGCUGAUGGAUAUCAAAGAGCUGUUAGAAUCUGAGCAAAUUAAGCGGACACAAACUCUUGAGAAGCGGCUGAGGUCUCUGUAUAAGCGUCUGGAAGAUCAUCAGAUGAAAAUGGAGAAUCUUCAUUUCCACCUUGCAGCCCAGUUGGAGGCUUUACAGAUUCAGUUUUUGCCUGGAGUUCAGCAAGAGGGGCUUCAGGUUGAGGAACAGAUCACCACAUCAAACAACAGAGAGAGAAAAAAGCCUGACAAGGAGUUGGAAAAUACUGAAGAAGAUGAAUUUACAGAAGAGAAAAAGAUUAGAGAGGAAGAUGGAGCAAAACAAGAUGAUGAAUUUAAUAGGGAGCAAGCAGCUGUUAAAGUUGAAGCAAGUGAAUGGCCUGUAGAGGAACCUCGAAAAGAGAUCCAUAUUUCUUCAGAGGAACCAGUUAUUGACACUGAAGAGAAUGUUGCUGAGGAACAAAAUGAGGUGGGUAUUACAGAAGAGCUAGAGACUUUACAGGAGGCACACAUGGCCACAAAUGAAAUAGAGGAGAGUGUUGUAGAUGAGCUCCAGAUAGCUUUGGAGGAUUCAGAUUGUGUGACUGGUCAAACAGGGGAUAUUAUGGAUGAGGAAGUGGAGGUAAAUGUUGGAGGAGAGAUUAAAAUUCAUUCAGAGAAGGCAAACAUUGUUACAAGUAAAACAAAGAAGCAAAAAAAGGUGCCAGAUGUAGAAGAGAUCCAGACUCCUUUAGAGGAUUCAAGCACCGUGACGACUAAAACAGAGGAAGCUGCUAUGGAGAAGCAAGUAGAGUUGACUCCAGCACAGGAAAUGGAGAAAGGUUCAGAGGAAACAGACACGCUCUUAAAUAUAAUUGACGAGGUCUUUAAUGAGGAACAUGCUGAGCAUGCUCCAGAUGAAAUCCAUAAUGUUUCAAAUGAGGUAUCAAAUGCAGAAAUUAAAAGCCAGGAAGAUGGGAACGCAGAACAAGAAUCUGAGACUGCUGUGGAGAAGAUUCAGAUUCCUUCAGAUGAGAGAGACACUGCUACAAAUGGGAAUGUAAACAAUCAAAUGAGAGAUGUUAUCCCAACUGAGACUGAGCAGGAAGCAGUGGAGGAGCUGACAGCAGCAUCUGCCAAGGAAUCCGUUGUUUCAGAAAAAUCUGUGGAAGAAGUGUAAUGGAUAAGGGAAAACUAUAACAGCACAUAAACUAUUUCUCAUGUCAGUUUCUCACUUUAGAUUUUAAGGAUUCUUGUAUGAAAGUAUGUGAUCUUCCCUCUUAGAAAAUGUGGAGCCCUUAGGGUUCUUUAUUUAGGCAUCUGUAACAACACAAAGGGUUUUUUUUUGUUUGUUUGUUUUUUUUUAAUUAUUAUUUUUUUAACCAAGCCCUACAACAGUGAUUUUCUAUCUAAUUAUUAAUUAUCCAAUGAACCUUUAGCCCUGUGAUGACCUGGCGACUUGUCCAGGGUGUACCCCGCCUUUCACCUGUAUUCAGCUGGGAUAGGCUCCAGCUUGCCUGAGACCCUGUAGAACAGGAUAAAGCAGCUAGAGAUAAUGAGAUGAGAGAUGAACCUUUAAGUUAAUUGAAGAAGACCCCCCCUUUUUCCUGAAGAGUAUAGUUUCCAUUGAUAUAUUCAUAAAAAGACUGCUGCUUGAGAGUUAUCAUACAGUUCUUUAGUCUUGCUUUUGUCUGAUUGAAAAUCAACACUAAAUGGAGCAUCCAAACUGUAUCAUCCUUGUGGGGUUUUAUUUAUUUGUUUUAGUCAUAUUUCUAAAAUGAGA